UACAAAUACUGCCAUGAGGCUGAUAACACAGUUACUGGAUGUGUGGAUGGGUCUUACAAAAGUACUCUGUCAGACAUACUGUCACAUUGGGAAUAGGAAAUAUAAAAUAAACCGAAUGAGAUAGAGGAGCGGGUGGAUCUAUGAGGAAGAUUUUGUAAGGCAUGCAGGACCAACGAAAAGGCGAUGGAGAGACAGGGUUGCCCGCUGUGGACUCGAGAGAUUCUCACCUGCACGCGGCAGACUCCUUCACUCACCUGAGAACAGACACGCGCUCACAGGGAUGGCUCAGGGAAGAGCAGAAUUUUCCAUUGUUGCCAAGGGUAACCAGUGAGUCUGUAAGGCAAUACCUUCAAUUCAGACCUGACCAAUCAGUGAUCAUCUUACAUGCCAAAGUUGCUCAGAAGUCUUAUGGCAAUGAGAAACGGUUUUUCUGCCCCCCUCCUUGUGUGUACCUUAGUGGGCACGGAUGGAAAGUCAGACAAGAGCAGCUUAAAGCAUCAGGUCUCGGUGAGUCCAGCUGUCGUCUGUCCGGGUACAUGGGUCUGGACAGCUCCACCGAUCCUCAGACAGACAGCUUUAAGCUCAGCUUUGAGGAGCAGACAGACAAGAGGAUGUUUGCCUGUGCUAAAACCCUGUACAUCUCAGAUACGGACAAACGAAAGCAUUUUCGUCUGAUACUCCACCUGUUUCACAACGGAGGACAAGAAAUUGGCACCUUUCACAGCCGACUCAUUAAAAUCAUCUCCAAACCAUCACAGAAAAGGCAGUCCAUGAAAAACGCUGACUUAUGUGUUUCAUCGGGCUCAAAGGUGUCGUUGUUUAAUCGUUUACGGUCACAGACAGUCAGCACGCGAUACCUGGCAGUGGAGGACGGGACUUUUGUCGCCAGUGCAAGACAAUGGACAGCCUUCACCAUAACUCUGGUGGAUGGGCUGCAGUCCGAUCGGACUGAAUAUGCCGGCUGUGACAGCUACAUCUGUUAUGGCAGUGUGGUUCAGCUGGUGUGCACUAACUCGGGUGUUGCACUGCCACCGAUGAUAAUACGCAAGGUGAACAAGCAGCACGCAUGUCUAGAUGUGGAUGAACACGUGUCACAGCUUCAUAAAUGUGCUUUUCAGUUCAGAGACAGCAACCACAUGUACCUUUGCCUGUCUAAUGAAAAAAUAAUACAGUUCCAGGCCUCUCCGUGCCCUAAGGAGGCUAAUAAGGUGCUAUUGAAUGAUGGCUCAUGUUGGACCAUCAUUGGAACAGAAGUUGUUGAAUAUACCUUCAGUGAGAGUCUGACCAAUCACCUGACCAUCAUUAGCCCGGUACCCAUCAUCAACGGACUGGAGUUAAAUGGUGGAGGACAUGUGGCCAUGUUGGAGCUUCAUGGUGAAAACUUCAGUCCCCAUUUAAAGGUCUGGUUUGGAAACAUGGAGGCUGAAACCAUGUUCAGUUUUCCUGUGGGAAUCUCUUUCCUCUCAGGAAGCAGUUUUCCUUUUCAGAGUCAAUAAGGCUUUCUGCUCUUCCAGUCCAGCUCAACAUCCACACGUACAUGCAGCAUGCCGACGUCACUCCGACCGGUCGCUGUGGGUGUGUGGGCUCUUAGGAGUCACUUGUUUGAAGGGUUGAAGAACAUUCCUCCAUCAAAUGCUUUGUUCAGUAGCACAGUUGAGCAAACAUGCCAGUUGUCACAUACAGGGUUUAUUGUAUUCAUUAAGAUAGUUAAGACAAUCAUCACUGACAGUGAAAUAAAUUGGGGUAAAACAUCAUUAGACUCAAUCUGAAAGGGGCGAAAUCCAUGGACCAACAUUUAAUAUGAAUCUUUAAUUGUCAUGAGGUUUAGCAGGGAAUUGUUUUUAUUACUAUUAAAUUUUUGUUGUGUUAAAAUCAGUUUAGUAACUAGCAAAAUUUGCUGUGUGUAAUAUUAAAGAAAUUAUUGUUCCUUUGGUACCAAUCAGCAAGGUACAAGGUAAAGGUUUAUUAAAUCAUACUCAAAAUCCCCAACCUUACACACUAAAUAUACUUUGUCUCUUUCAAGCGAAGGAGGGGAGAGCAAGAGUACAUUUUUAUUCCUUUCCUGUUCUUUCGAAAAAAAAACACAGUCAUUAAUUUUAGUGUCAUUAUCAAUUACAUGUCAUUAUAUUGAGUUACAAAUGCAUAAUGAAAGGGAUUGUUUCUGAGAUGUGUCAUUUUUCAUUUUAAUGUGUAUUUCCCAAAUCCCCUCAGUCAGUGGCCAAAUACAAUAUCACUUAUGUUCUCUUUUCUAGUGCAAAAAUAUUUGGGUUUUGAUUAAUUAUAGUACUGUUGUUUUUAUUAGAUUAACCACUUCAUUACUCUACCCUAUACUUGGGGUUACAUUCAAAAUGAGUUAUGUAAUUUUUCCUGAGAGGAGCAUUAUUACUGAAGAUGAAUGGACCUAAGAUUUUUUUUUUGCACUUAUGUUGAAGAACGACCUAAAUCACAUCUAGAUUCCAG